AUGGAGUCUACCUAUCGGCUGAAACUCGUCUCGCCCGUGGGACCCCUUCCGAUGCUACUUCUCGGCGGAGAGGGGCGACUACACAUCGAGGGGGGCCAGGUGUCUCUCCUGGAUGGUUGGGUGAAGUUCCGAGCGGACGAUGCCACUGCCAACCAGGUUCAGCGAAUUCGAGCCUCCCUCCAGUCGUCUUUUCAGACUUUCUGCGCCAACCCGGACCAGAUCCCGAAUGCCCAGACGAUGGCCUUUCUGGAUCAGGUGGCAGCCCUGCUCAGCGAGGAGCAGGGAGGCUCGCAAAACGGCGGCAUGAAGCGCGCUGCUUCGUGGUCCGCGGAAGGGGCCGACGAUCGAGGCCCUGCCUCACGGCUGAUGCCGAAGAUGCCAGGCAAAGGCAUGAAAGGAGGUGGCAAGGGCUACAAAGGAGGCUGGAAAGGCGGCAAAAGCCAGGGCAAAGGCUGGUGA